AUGGAGGAGGUGCUGAAGGAGCUGAUGGACAAGGUGAUGGAGGAAGUGAUAGAGAAAGUGAUGGAGGAGCUGGUGGAGGAGGUGAUCGAAGAGGUGAUGGAGGAGGUGCUGGAGGAGGUGCUGGAGGAGGUGAUAGAGGAGGUGAUGGAGGAGGUGCUGGGGGUUGGAGGUGCAGUGGCUGGAGGUACAGUGGUUGGAGGUGCAGCCAGAAGAGGUGCGGCGGGAGGAGGUGCAGUGGGAGGAGGUGCAGUGGUUGGAGGUGCAGUGGGAGGAGGUGCAGUGGUUGGAGGUGCGGCGGGAGGAGAGGUGCAGUGGGAGGAGGUGCAGUGGUUGGAGGUGCAGUGGGAGGAAGUGCAGUGGUUGAAGGUGCAGUGGGAGGAGGUGCAGUGGUUGGAGGUGCAGUGGUUGGAGGUGCAAUGGUUGGAGGUGCGGUGGGAGGUGGUGCGGUGGUUGGAGGUGCGGUGGGAGGAGGUGCAGUGGUUGGAGGUGCAGUGGUUGGAGGUGCAGUGGGAGGAGGUGCAGUGGUUGGAGGUGCAGUGGGAGGAGGUGCAGUGGUUGGAGGUGCAGUGGUUGGAGGUGCAGUGGUUGGAGGUGCAGUGGUUGGAGGUGCAGUGGGAGGAGGUGCAGUGGUUGGAGGUGCAGUGGGAGGAGGUGCAGUGGUUGGAGGUGCAGUGGUUGGAGGUGCAGUGGUUGGAGGUGCAGUGGUUGGAGGUGCAGUGGUUGGAGGUGCAGUGGGAGGAGGUGCAGUGGUUGGAGGUGCAGUGGGAGGAGGUGCAGUGGUUGGAGGUGCAGUGGGAGGAGGUGCAGUGGUUGGAGGUGCAGUGGGAGGAGGUGCAGUGGUUGGAGGUGCAGUGGGAGGAGGUGCAGUGGUUGGAGGUGCAGUGGUUGGAGGUGCAGUGGUUGGAGGUGCGGCGGGAGGUGGUGCAGUGGGAGGAGGUGCAGUGGGAGGAGCAGGAGUAUCUGCAGCAGGAGUAUGUGCAGCAGGAGUAUCUGCAGCAGGAGUAUGUGCAGCAGGAGUAUCUGCAGCAGGAGUAUGUGCAGCAGGAGUAUCUGCAGCAGGAGUAUCUGCAGCAGGAGUAUCUGCAGCAGGAGUAUCUGCAGCAGGAGUAUCUGCAGCAGGAGUAUGUGCAGCAGGAGUAUGUGCAGCAGGAGUAUCUGCAGCAGGAGUAUCUGCAGCAGGAGUAUCUGCAGCAGGAGUAUCUGCAGCAGGAGUAUGUGCAGCAGGAGUAUGUUCAGCAGGAGUAUCUGCAGCAGGAGUAUCUGCAGCAGGAGUAUCUGCAGCAGGAGUAUCUGCAGCAGGAGUAUCUGCAGCAGGAGUAUGUGCAGCAGGAGUAUCUGCAGCAGGAGUAUCUGCAGCAGGAGUAUCUGCAGCAGGAGUAUCUGCAGCAGGAGUAUCUGCAGCAGGAGUGUCUGCAGCAGGAGUAUCUGCAGCAGGAGUAUCUGCAGCAAGAGUAUCUGCAGCAGGAGUAUGUGCAGCAGGAGUAUCUGCAGCAGGAGUGUCUGCAGCAGGAGUAUCUGCAGCAAGAGUAUCUGCAGCAGGAGUAUCUGCAGCAGGAGUGUCUGCAGCAGGAGUAUCUGCAGCAGGAGUAUCUGCAGCAGGAGUAUCUGCAGCAGGAGUAUCUGCAGCAGGAGUAUCUGCAGCAAGAGUAUCUGCAGCAGGAGUAUGUGCAGCAGGAGUAUGUGCAGCAGGAGUAUCUGCAGCAGGAGUAUCUGCAGCAGGAGUAUCUGCAGCAGGAGUGUCUGCAGCAGGAGUAUCUGCAGCAGGAGUAUCUGCAGCAGGAGUGUCUGCAGCAGGAGUAUCUGCAGCAGGAGUAUGUGCAGCAGGAGUAUCUGCAGCAGGAGUGUCUGCAGCAGGAGUAUGUGCAGCAGGAGUAUCUGCAGCAGGAGUGUCUGCAGCAGGAGUAUCUGCAGCAGGAGUAUGUGCAGCAGGAGUAUCUGCAGCAGGAGUGUCUGCAGCAGGAGUAUGUGCAGCAGGAGUAUCUGCAGCAGGAGUGUCUGCAGCAGGAGUAUCUGCAGCAGGAGUAUGUGCAGCAGGAGUAUCUGAUUCAUAAAAAUGUUUCCAAGGAUUAA